CCUCCUGGUUACUCGUUAUUUGUCUCCUAAUUUACAGCCUCCUGGUUACUCUAGUUUUUUGUCUCCUAAUUUACAGCCUCCUGGUUACUCCAGUUAUUUGUCUCCUAAUUUACAGCCUCCUGGUUACUCCAGUUAUUUGUCUCCUAAUUUACAGCCUCAUGGUUACUCCAGUUAUUUGUCUCCUAAUUUACAGCCUCCUGAUUACUCUAGUUAUUUGUCUCCUAAUUUACAGCCUCCUGGUUACUCCAGUUAUUUGUCUCCUAAUUUACAGCCUCAUGGUUACUCCAGUUAUUUGUCUCCUAAUUUACAGCCUCCUGAUUACUCUAGUUAUUUGUCUCCUAAUUUACAGCCUCCUGGUUACUCCAGUUAUUUGUCUCCUAAUUUACAGCCUCCUGGUUACUCCAGUUAUUUGUCUCCUAAUUUACAGCCUCCUGGUUACUCCAGUUAUUUGUCUCCUAAUUUACAGCCUCCUGAUUACUCCAGUUAUUUGUCUCCUAAUUUACAGCCUCCUGGUUACUCCAGUUAUUUGUCUCCUAAUUUACAGCCUCCUGGUUACUACAGUUAUUGUCUCCUAA